GCUAGUUAAACCGCGAACGGUAGUCUCUUGAAGUCACGUGUCUAUGGCGAAGUGUUUAUCCUUCCGGAAAUUCUGAGGCUCGGAAAAGGAAAGCAAAGAUGUCAGCAGUCUUGGUUGUGCAUGGUGGGGCAUGGGCCAUACCGGAUGAACUGGCCAAGGCCUCUGUUGAUGGAGUAAAAACUGCAGCACGCGAAGGAUUUUCAGUGCUGAAACGAGGAGGAAGUGCAGUGGAUGCUGUUGAAGUGGCUGUGAGGGCUUUGGAAGAUAACACUGUGUUUGACGCAGGGCACGGAGCAGUACUAAAUAAAGAUGGAGAAGUGGAGCUGGAUGCCAUUAUCAUGGAUGGAAGGACACUUGCCACUGGUGCGGUGUCCUCAGUAAAGAACAUUGCCAACCCUGUUUCACUGGCACGGGCAGUGAUGGAGAAGACAUCCCAUGUAAUGUUGACAAGCCAAGGUGCAAACUUGUUUGCAGAAAGCAUUGGUAUAAGCACAGUCCCCACUGAAACACUGGUGACUGAGUAUGAGAGGAGAGAAUGGGAGAAGCACAAGAAUUACAUGACUGGAGUAAUAGAAGAUUUCAACACUCAAUGGGCUCAUGAUACCGUUGGGGCGGUAGCUCUCGACUCUGCUGGUAAUGUCGCAUGUGCAACAUCAACGGGAGGGAUUAGGAAUAAAAUGGUUGGAAGAGUAGGAGACUCCCCAGUCAUUGGCUGUGGAGGGUAUGCAGACAACUUGAGUGGUGCAGUAUCCUGUACCGGCCAUGGAGAAUCUAUUCUUAAAGUCACACUGGCCAGACUGAUUCUUUCAAAAAUUGAACAAGGUAAAUCAGUAACAGAGGCUUCGCAGAUGUCUCUGCAGCACAUGGGAGACCGUGUCAAAGGAGCCGGAGGUGCAAUUGUUGUUUCUCCUUCAGGCCACUGGGCUGCCACAUUUACCACUGAGCGAAUGGCUUGGGCUGCUGUGGAACAGGAUGUACUGUGGUAUGGAUUAGACCCGCAUGAGAGAUUAAAAGAGCAGUUGCCCCAAUAAAAGCAAUAAAAAAAUAACACUUAUUUCUUCUUAUUAAUCACUGUGCAA